AUGCGGGUUGUUAUCAUUCCAGGUAUGGGCUGUACACCAGUGCAUUCGAGUAACUGGUACUCUUGGUUGCAGACCGAGAUUGGCAACCGCCCGGAUCGCUUUUCGGAAUGUGUCCUCUGCGAGUUCCCCGAUCCGCAUGCAUGCAAGGAAUCGGUAUGGAUUCCUUUUGUGGAAAACGAGAUUGGAUUGGACGAUUCAACUGUGGUAGUAGGACAUUCCAGUGGAGCAGCCUGUGUUAUGCGCCUUUUGGAACGCCGACCAAGAUCCUCGCCAUUGCGAGGCGCCAUACUCGUGGCCGCCGCCCACACAGAUAUGGGUGAUGCCGACGAGCGCCGGAGUGAAUACUUCAGUCGACCGUGGGAUUGGACAAAACUGAAAGAAGGUGCUACUCAAAUCCACCAAUUUCAUGGUACCGAAGACUACCUAAUUCCAGUAGCGGAGGGACGACAUGUGGCCGAAAUGUUGGAAGGGGAUAAUUUUGAGUACGAUGAAAUGCCUGGCCAUACACACUUCUUCCGCCCGUUUCAGCAAUUGUUAGACGUUAUUGAUAGGAGAUUCUAG